AUGGUGCGAAUGAUCAGAUUUCUCGUCGCUCUCUUUGGCACUGUUUUUAUUGGUGAUUUCAAUGCAGUCAAGGGAGCCCAUGAGCGUAUUAGUUUUUUAGCUCCUCAUCGUGGUUCUUGUGUUGAUUUCUGUUCGUUUAUCGAGGAUACUCAAUUUAUUGAGUCUCUGACUGAUGGUCUUCGUUUUACUUGGUCGGGUCGUCGCUUUUUACCUCACCAUGUGGAAUCGAUGUUGGAUAGAGCUAUGUUCUCUCAAGGUUUUGCGGACUUCUGGGACUCGAUUAUCACCACUGCUCUUCCCCGUCUAACUUCUGACCACUCUCCCUUGGUCAUGCAGUGCCGGCGAGCUACGCCGUCUGGUAAGCGGCAGUUCCGCUUCCUCAACAUGUGGGUGACGCAUCCUUCCUUUGGAGGGAUGGUCGGUUCUUCUUGGAUGAAGUCUGUUGAUACAUUUUGCCUGAUUGCGCGGGUUAUGCUGAAACUCAAAAGACUUCGGGAUGAUAUUAGGAUCUGGAACAGGGAGGUUUUCGGGAAUGUCGACAUUGCUUUGAGUCAAUGGCAGCAACAGUUGAUGGAUACGCAGAAGCAGAUUGCCGACACCAGUUACACGGACGAUCUGUUUAAUGAGGAGGUGCACCUUCAGGCUGAGCUCAAUGUGGCUCUUUCUCGGAAGAGCAACCUGUUACAGCAAAAAAGUCGCGCGAGUUGGCUGUCGGACGGUGAUAGAAACACUGCUUUCUUUCACAGGCUCACCAAGUUUAAAAAGCGUAAUAAUACUUUCACGAGAUUGAACAUCAAUGGGAAUGAUAUCUACGAUCCUGGUAUUAUUGAGCAGCACAUUGUUAGAUAUUUCUCCGAACUUUUUACUGAUGAUGGGGGAGUGCUUGCUGAUCAAUUGGAAAUUGAUGCUCUCAUACAGCCGUCUAUUUCCGAAAAUCAGAACAACAUGCUUAUCCGAAUUCCUGAUGAUGGUGAGAUUGCUGCUGCGGUGUUUAGUAUGGAUGCUAACAGCGCACCGGGUCCUGAUGGCUUCUCUGGCAUGUUCUUCCAUACUUGUUGGUCGACGAUUAAAGAUGAUAUCAUUCUGGCGGUUCAACGUUUCUUUACCCACUCUUAUUUGCCUAGUGGCUGCAAUGCUAGUACCAUGAUUCUCAUCCCCAAAAAAGAGGUUGUUUCUACGGUGGCGGACCUUCGCCCCAUUAUUCUCUCAAAUUUCCUCUUCAAAAUUAUUUCUAAGGUGCUUGCUUCCAGACUUAGUGUCAUGGCUAAUUCUCAUGUCGCUCCUAACCAAUUUGGCUUUAUCAAUGGGCGGAACAUACAUGAUUGUAUUAUGCUUAGCUCGGAAGGUUUCAAUUGUAUGCAGCGCACUAAUCGGGGAAUUAAUAUGGCCUGCAAAAUUGAUAUCAGGAAAGCUUUUGAUACUUUGCGAUGGGGCUUCAUUUUCCAGGUUCUUAGAGCGAAUGGUUAUCAUGAGAAUUUUAUUCAUUGGAUUUCUAUUAAUUUCAGCUCUGCUAGACUUUCCAUCCUCUACAAUGGUCGUCUCACUGGUUAUUUCGCGUGUUCCCGUGGUGUUAGGCAAGGGGAUCCACUUUCUCCUAUCUUAUUUGGAAUUGCCGAAGACGUGCUGAGCCGUUUGAUUAGUAGCUGCGUGGAUUCUCGGCAUCUCACUCCCAUGAGUUUUUCCAGGUCCUCGAAUUUCCCCACACAUCUUCUUUAUGCGGACGACGUCAUCCUCUUUUGCAGAGCCACGAUUCGAAAUGCAAAGAAAAUUCUUGAUAUUCUCCAAUAUUAUGGUUCGAUUUCUGGACAACAUUGCAGUCAGGAGAAAUCCAAUCUCUUUUUCUCUAGAAAUGUCAACACUGACAGACGACGCGCUAUCCAUAGGAUUAUUGGCUUCUCCGUGGGAUGUCUUCCUAUGACCUAUUUGGGAGUCCCUAUUUUUACUGGCCGUCCUCGUGCCUCCUAUUUCAUGCAGAUUUUUGAUAAGAUUGUCCAGAAAUUUGCAAAGUGGAAAGGUCUUCAACUCUCCAUGGCUGGUCGUCUUUGCCUUGUGAAAUCGGUUAUUCAAAGCUCUAUUGUGCACUCCAUGAUGGUCUACAAGUGGCCUAAAUCGCUGCUUCAUUCUUUGGAUAGAUAUUGCAGAAAUUUCGUGUGGACUGGUAGUAUCAAUCAACGGUCCAGCUGUCCGGUUAGUUGGGGUCGCAGCUGCUCGCCUAAGCUCGAAGGUGGUUUGGGGAUUCGUUCUUUUACGCUUAUGAAUCAAUCUUUUUUGAUGAAGCUGGCUUGGAAAAUGAUUAAAGGCAAUGAUUGGGCGCACCAAAUCAUGCGGUCUAGAUAUCUUACUACUUUUAGUUACGCUAAGAAUAACAUUGUUAAUUCUUCUGUCUGGCUUGGUUUGAAGGAUGAGGUGAAUCAAUUGGUUGAUGAUUCUUAUGCUUGCAUUGAUAGCGGUGAUUGCACUUACUUUUGGAGGGAUGAUUGGCUUGGUUACAAGCUCGUUGAUAAAUUGAAGAUUCCUGCUUACAUGCACGAGUUUCUUAACUUCUCGGUGCAGGAUUAUUUUUAUGAUAAUACUUGGCACUUUUCUACUUCCUUCGUGAAUAGUUUUCCUGAGGUGGUGGCGGAUAUCAUUCUUGUCCCCAUGAAUGGCGGCAAGGAUGCUCGUUUCUGGAAACAUUCUAUCAGUGGAGAUGUGUCUGCUGCGUUGGCCUUCUCGCGCAAAGGGCAUAUUUUUCCGGAGGUCAAUUGGGGAAAAUGGAUCUGGGAACCUUUCAUUCCUGUGAGACGCUCGAUUAUUUGCUGGCGGAUUAUUCAUGGGCGUCUUCCCACUCUUGAUAUUCUUAUUAGACAAGGAAUGGUUGGACCUAAUGGAUGCGCCAUCUGCUAUGAAUGUGAGGAAUCUAUUUCUCAUGUUUUCUGGAGUUGCUCGAAAGUAAAGCCUAUUUGGAAGGAGCUUCUCUCGUGGUUUGACAAAGAUAUGCUUGGAGACUGUUUGGACAUUCACUCUUUUUUGGUUCAGGCUUGGACGACAAAUUUUAGCUCUCAACUCCUCUCUUUCUGGAAAGCUGGUGUGAUCACUACGAUAUGGAAGAUUUGGGACUCGAGAAAUUCCGUGAUCUUUGAUAAUGUUUCUUUUGACCAUCGCCGGAUUUUGGCCUUCGUCAAGUCUUUUUUUAAAGAACUGGAUAUUAAUACGAAGAAUAUCGGCACUAUUAAUAACACUUGGUCUGAGUAUCUGAUUACGCGUGCCAUUGGUGUUGGCAGUCGCCCGGCUCCUCCGCCAAAUAUGGUUGAGGUUCAUUGGUGGCCGCCUACUUCCCCCUGGAUCAAAGUUAACACGGACGGCUCUGCUUUAGGUGCUCCAGGGAUCAUCGCUGCGGGUGGAGUUUUCAGGGAUCACCACGCGGUUGUUCGGGGUUGUUUUCACAUUAAAGGUGGCACUGGUUUUGCUUUUGAGGCCGAGCUUCUUGCGGUCAUCACCGCUAUCAAUAUUGCCCAUGACAGGAAUUGGCUUAAUUUGUGGAUCGAGGCUGAUUCCAUGUAUGUGGUUCAUCUUCUUCAUUCCAGAUCCAUAGAUGUCCCUUGGCGUUUUUUUGCUUCUUGGAAAAAUGCUUUGAGACUUCUUCAAAAGUUCAAGCUGAUUGUUUCUCACAUCUAUAGAGAGGGCAAUCAACCGGCAGAUAUUAUGGCUAACAAUGACAGGGUUGAAGGUUGGUGGCCCUUUGCCAUUGAUAAUAUUAAAAUCGCGGCUGCCCGCGAUAUGUCUUCACAUAGCCAUGUGCGAACCAUACGCAAGUAG